AUGCACUCUGCUAUUGCUUCUGCGAGAAAGACUAAUUCUUUGAAAAGAAAAUUCCAGAGCAGAGAUGAUGAUGAUGAUGAUAGUACUAACUGGGCGCCUGUUGAAUGCAAGAAGCAAAGGAUGAUGAUGAUGUUGAAGAAGAAAAAUGCCAAUAAAGGCACCAGCUCGAUCAACAAGAUCACUCCGAAGAGAGAAGAACUAAGUAGUCUUUCCUCAUCAGCUCAUCAUGACUUGCCUGAAGCAUUUAAGAGAAAAAUUGACAGUUUGGGUGGGACUAAAGUGGCUUUGGUGAUACAGAAAAAACUGAGGAAAACUGAUCUAAGUAAAAGUGGUAACAGGAUGUCAAUGCCUCUGAACCAAAUCUCGUCGACUGAUUUCUUGGAAGACGAUGAGAGAGGUAGGCUUGAGAAAGAGGAGACAAUGAAGGUUCAACUGAUAGAGCCUGGUCUUGUACAAGGAGAUAUAAACUUGAGACGGUGGAACAUGAAAAAGAAGAAUGGGAAAAGCAGCAAAAUGUAUGUGUUGAGAACUCAGUGGACUGAUGUUGCUAAGCGAAACCAUCUGAAAGAAAAAGAUCUUGUUCAAGUUUGGUCGUUUCGAGUUAACGGAGCUCUUUACUUGGCUCUUGUUUUGGUUAACGAGAGUUGUGGUGGUGAUCAAAAGGAGAGUGAUGAUGGUGCGUAUAAGAGUAGUGUUGUUGAUGGUGAAAUUAGUAGUGGUGGUAGUCACGGUGGUGCAGAGGUAAUUGAAGAAAGGAGAGAUGGGAAUAAUAUUGGGGAAAGUAGUGUGACCAAUGGGUCUAAUCAUACAAGGCCAAGCCAUAGUGAAAGUGGCAGCAAGCAUAAACAAGCUGCACACAUGGAAGAUAGAAGAUGA